AUGAAGGUCCUCAUCCUUGCCUGCCUGGUGGCCCUCGCCCUUGCAAGGGAGAAGGAAGAACUCAGCAUAACCACUGAGACUGUAGAAAGCCUUUCAAGCAGUGAGGAAUUAAUUGCACACCUCAACAAGCAAAAACCUAAGAAGUUUGAACAUGAGAAACAUCAGGGAAAAGAGGAUGAACACCAGGACAAAAUCCAGUCCCUUGUCCAGCCACAGCCUCUUCUCUAUCCUUUCGCUGAGCCCUUCCCUUACAAUGUCCUUCCACAAAACGGUCUGCCUCUUGCUCAGCCUGCUGUGGUGCUGCCUAUCCUUCAGCCUGAAGUGAUGCAAGUCCCCAUUACUAAAGAGACCAUCUUUCCUAAGCGCCAAGUGAUGCCAUUUAUUCAAUCUCCAAUAGUGCCAAUUUUUCAACGCCAAAUCCCUAAUGUCCCACAGCUUCCUCUUCCUCUACUCCAGCCCUUGAUGCACCAGGUCCCUCAGCCUCUUCUUCAGGCUCCCAUGCUUCCUCCUCAGCCCCUGCUUUCCCUUCCUCAGCCCAAAGCCCUGCCUCUUUCCCAGCAAGUGAUCACCUACCCCCAGAGAGAUUUGCCCAACCAAGAGCCUCUGCUUGAUUCUGCCCAGGUGUUUUACCCUGUGACUGAACCUAUUGCCACAAUUUACAACUUGCAACAAGGUCUGCAGGAUUCAGAGCUCCCAGUCCCAUCUCAGCUGCCCCUGGUCAGCAACCCUCGGAUCCUGGAGCGCCGUACGCCCUGUGACGCGCUCCAUCCCUCUGCGGCCGUUGUUUCCCAGACCCAGGAGGAGCAGCGACCCGCUGGGGCGCUCCCCCAACUCGUUGCCUCACUAUACUCUCUCCUACACACUUUUUAA